AUUGGAGAAGAAAGGACUCCCAAAAGUUUAAAGAAUAUUUUUCUGAUUGGAGUGUGUGGUUGUGUGCGAAAAAAUAAGUUGGUUGGAGGUUAGAAUCCAAUUGAUCGGAAUAGGAAACCCAACCUUUUACUCAAAUCCCAAUCCCAAUCCCAAUCCCAAUCCCAAUCCCAAUAUGAAACGCAAACCUUUACCCUCCUAUAAAUGAGUAGCACAAAUCACACAGACCACCAUCAAAAAUUUCACAACAAUGAAGCUGUUAGAGAGUAAAAUUGUUCUCAACCAACCAGGCGAUGUGAAGCUCCUCCCUGAAGAACUCGAUGAUUUGUGGCUUCUAUACAAUCUCAUCGCCGCCGGCGACGUUAUCUCCGCCGACACCUCUCGAAAAAUCCACAACGCCAGCGAUUCUGGGUCGAAGAAGAACCCGUCUAGGGUUAAUGUCGAGCUUGAAAUCAGAGUCACCGCCGUGGAUUACAACAAAAACUCACCUGUCAUUCGGGUUCGUGGCAAGACCAUUACGUGCAAUGAAUUUGUCAAGCCCGGCGUGUUUCAUACUAUAGAACUCGAGAAAAACAAGGAAUUUCAUCUGACGAAGAAGGUUUGGAACGAAGAAGCAAUGAACACGUUGAAAGAGGGUUGCGAUCGGACCGCCGGGGCCGAUUUGGUGGUUGUUUUGAUGUGUGAAGGGUUGGCUCACAUGUUCUCAGUCGGUAGAAGCGUUGCAAUGGUCUGUCCUCCAAUAGAAGGCAGUACAGGACACAAAUCUGGAUCAAACAAGUUUUUCGAAAAUGUUUUUCGUGCUUUUACAAAGCAUAUUGAUUUGGAUGUCAUUCGUUGUGUCGUAAUUGGAAGCCUUGGAUCGAUAAAAGAUGAGUUUCGAAAUUAUCUAUUAUCUGAAGCACUGAAGUUGAAGAUGAAAUCGAUUACAAACAGCAAGUCCCGAAUAGUUUUGCUGGAUACAAAGGCUCUGUAUAUCAACUCUUUGAAGGAAGUCCUGAAUGAAGCGACGGUGAUGGAUUUAAUCAAGGACACCAAAGCUGCCACUGAAAUCAAGGCGUUUAAGGAAUUCACAGACAUGGUAUCAAGCAAUUCCGAUCGCGCUUGCUAUGGUCCAAAGAGCGUCGAGACUGCAAACGAGUUGACAGCAAUCGAAACCCUGAUGAUCACGGAUGAUUUGUAUAAGAGUGAAGAGAUUGAGACAAGGCAGAAGUACAUAGAGUUGGUUAAAUCGGUGAAGAAAGCUAGUGGGAAGGUAUUGGUGUUUUCAUCAACGCAUGUGUGCUAUGAAAAGCUCGCGCAGUUAACUGGAAUUGCAGCCAUUCUGAGAUUUCCAUUGCCUGAUCUUGAGGAGCUGGAAUUGUAGUUAGAUUUUCUGUUUACUUUGUUUUUCUUCUAGAGGUAUUUAGGGUUCUUAUUCAUAUUUUAGAAGUUUGAAGUCUUAUGUAGUUAAGAUUUAUCUAGUACUUGAUUAUUUGAUUAGGGU